CUGGCUGGCGGGCAGCAUGGUUCACUCCAGCAUGGGGGCUCCAGAAAUAAGAAUGUCUAAGCCCCUGGAGGCCGAGAAGCAAAGUCUGGACUCCCCAUCAGAGCACACAGACACUGAGAGAAAUGGACCCGACAUUAACCAUCAGAACCCCCAGAAUAAGGCUUCCCCAUUCUCUGUGUCCCCAACUGGCCCCAGCACCAAGGUGGGCAUUCUCUCUGGCCUCCACUUAACAUUCUGGGGUCCCGGACCCUGCCUCUCUCCUCCCCAGAUCAAGGCUGAAGACCCCAGUGGUGACUCAGCCCAGGCAGCACCCCCGCCCCCCCAGCCGACUCAGCCUCAUCUGCCCCAGGCCCAACUCAUGUUGACGGGCAGCCAGCUAGCUGGGGACAUACAGCAACUCCUCCAGCUCCAACAGCUGGUGCUUGUCCCCGGCCACCACCUCCAGCCACCUGCUCAGUUCCUGCUGCCACAGGCCCAGCAGAGUCAGCCAGGCCUGCUACCGACGCCAAAUCUAUUCCAGCUACCUCAGCAAACCCAGGGAGCUCUCCUGACCUCCCAGCCCCGGGCUGGACUCUCUACACAGGCUGUGACUCGCCCCACGCUGCCCGACCCGCACCUCUCACACCCGCAGCCCCCAAAAUGCUUGGAGCCACCAUCCCACCCGGAGGAGCCUAGCGACCUGGAGGAACUGGAACAAUUCGCUCGCACCUUCAAGCAACGCCGCAUCAAGCUGGGCUUCACGCAGGGUGAUGUGGGCCUGGCCAUGGGUAAGCUCUAUGGCAACGACUUCAGCCAGACGACCAUUUCCCGUUUCGAGGCCCUUAACCUGAGCUUCAAGAAUAUGUGCAAACUCAAGCCCCUCCUGGAGAAGUGGCUCAAUGACGCAGAAACUAUGUCUGUGGACUCAAGCCUACCCAGCCCCAACCAGCUGAGCAGCCCCAGCCUGGGUUUCGACGGGCUGCCGGGGCGGAGACGCAAGAAGAGAACCAGCAUCGAGACGAAUGUCCGCUUCGCCUUAGAGAAGAGUUUUCUAGCGAACCAGAAGCCUACCUCAGAGGAGAUCCUGCUGAUCGCAGAGCAGCUGCACAUGGAGAAGGAAGUGAUCCGCGUCUGGUUCUGCAACCGGCGCCAGAAGGAGAAACGCAUCAACCCCUGCAGCGCCGCCCCCAUGCUGCCCAGCCCGGGAAAGCCGACCAGCUACAGCCCUCACCUGGUCACACCACAAGGGGGCGCAGGGACCUUACCACUGUCCCAAGCUUCUAGCAGCCUGAGCACAACAGUUACUACCUUAUCCUCAGCUGUGGGGACGCUCCACCCCAGCCGGACAGCAGGAGGGGGUGGGGGCGGGGGCGUAACCGCGCCCCCCCUCAAUUCCAUCCCCUCUGUCACUCCCCCACCCCCGGCCACCACCAACAGCACAAACCCAAGCCCUCAAGGCAGCCACUCAGCUAUCGGCUUGUCGGGCCUGAACCCCAGCACGGGAAGCACAAUGGUGGGGUUGAGCUCUGGGCUGAGUCCAGCCCUCAUGAGCAACAACCCUUUGGCCACUAUCCAAGCCCUGGCCUCUGGUGGAACCCUGCCCCUUACCAGCCUUGAUGGCAGCGGGAACCUGGUGCUGGGGGCAGCCGGUGCGGCCCCAGGGAGCCCCGGCCUAGUGACCUCGCCUCUCUUCUUGAAUCACGCUGGGCUGCCCCUGCUCAGUGCCCCGCCAGGCGUGGGCCUGGUCUCAGCAGCGGCUGCAGCCGUGGCAGCCUCCAUCUCCAGCAAGUCUCCUGGGCUCUCCUCGUCUUCUUCGUCCUCAUCAUCCUCCACUUGCAGUGAAGUGGCAGCACAGACCCCUGGAGGCCCAGGGGGACCCGAGGCAGGGUCCAAGGCUGAGUGAGAGCCCGCCAUGCCUCCCCUCCUACUCCUCUCACUCCCCCGACAUUGGUCCCCCACCCAAAAAGGGACGAGGAGGCUGGUGGGGGAUACAGUGGAUCCCGGGAGCAGGAGUGACAAAGGAGGAAAUACCAAAAAUCAACCAAAAAAAAAAAAUUAAGAGAGAAAAGAAAAAGAAACCAACAAAAGAGAAAACCAAAAAUAUUCACAACAGAAACCAGCUGCCCUAAAGGAACCAGAGACGAAAAACAAACGAACAAAAACGCCCCCAGACCAACCAAA